GUGGUAGGGGGUUUCCAGAUGUUUCCACAUGGUGACUCUAUCACCUCUCUGGAUUUUUUUUUACACUUCCAUGUGUUUGCACCAUCAGUUUAUUUUACGUACUCACCAAAUAUAUCCCACAUUUUAAUUUUGUCAUAAGGCUCAUUGACUAACCCCUCUUUUUUAGUACCCAUAAUUUUAGGGCGUGUCUUUUUUAACUAAUCACCACUAAUCACCCCUCACUUCUCUCUCAUUCCUUCUACCUGUAGAUGGAACUGCAUAUGGAGAUGGUCCUCUUUAAAUAAAUUCCCUGAAUUACUUGUCUUCGCAAUCAGGACACUCUGUUGCUGAACUCUGUGAGUAAAGUUACUACAGUAUGCCAUCAAAUUCCAAAAUCGCAAAUCGGGAGGAAACCAAUGCAUAUAAUGGUCCACGUUCCACUGUAUAUUCUGAACCUUGGUGGAACAGUGCUGUUUAUAACCCUGUUUCCCCUGGGUUGAUGCGGGAAAAUGCAUCAGAUUCAUCAUCAUUGGAACAAUCUGUGGAUGGCCAAUCACAGUCUGACGGUGGAAUCAAUGAGGAAGAUGAUGAUGCUCCUGAAAAAUCACAAAGUAUCGUAGCUUUCCCUGCAGAUAUAUUUUCAAGAUCAGAUGGGAGUUAUGGGAAGGUGGAUCAGAAUUUUCAGCCAGCUGCGCCAGCCAUACCUCCAAGACUUGAUGGCAGCCUAGCACAGCCCCAACAGCUUGAACUUGUUGGGCACUCUAUAGCUUGUGCUCCAAUUCCGUAUGUUGAUCCAUACUAUGGUGGGAUGAUGACAGCUUUUGGCCAGCCUUUGGUUCCUCCUCAUGUACUCGAUAUGCACUAUGCAAGGAUGCCCUUGCCGCAAGAAAUGGCUCAAGAACCAGUUUAUGUUAAUGCUAAGCAGUAUCGAAGGAUCCUGCAGCGAAGACAGUCACGCGCUAAAGCUGAACUUGAAAAGAAGCAGAUAAAAUCUAGAAAGCCAUAUCUUCACGAGUCCCGGCAUCAGCAUGCACUGAGGAGGGCAAGGGCCUCGGGAGGACGUUUUGCCAAAAAGACGGAUGCUUCUAAGGGUACUGGUUCUGUGAGUUCAUCGGGUUCUGAAGCUUUGCAGUUCAAUGCUGCUGAUAUUCAAAGGAGGCAUGAAAAUGGAAGGUUGGCCGAUCUCCAGCAUUCUUAUUCAAAUGGUAGCAGUUAUGGGAAUCAAAGUAGCUUUCAAGAAUCGAAAGACGAGUACCAAUCUGCUGAAAGCAGGGAAGGAGGUUUUCCUGGCAAGUAAUUGGAGAAACAUUCAUUUCUAAACUAGCUCUUGCACUGCAACGAGACUCGAGUAUGGACAGAGAGUUUACAGGUGUUAGUUUCAUUUCUUGGCUUUUUCAAGCUGGGCGGCAAUUCAUUCUUGGCUUUUUUACUUUAGUGUUAACAGGAGCAAUAGAGGCAACGAGCACUGCGGUGUUGCAGCAUUUGCUUGGAGAUCUACAUAUUCCCUUGUGUACAGAGAUGGAUGAACUUAGAACUAGGAUUAGAAGUUGUUCAGUGAACUUGUGGUUGGUCAGUUACUGUAGUUUAGGAGACCAUGUAAAGAGGUUAGUUUUGUACGCUUGUCUUAUCUCCUUUCUUAGUUGUUGCAUAAAUUUCUUGGUUUGGUUUGUUUUGAUGUGAUGAUUUGUUAUCAAAGAUGCAGUAGGAUGAAAUGGCAGAUUUGAGUUCAAAGUGUGCAAAUAUGUUCAGUGCAUAUGAUACAGUGAAGGUGUAUUGUACACAAAUUGCUGGGAGAUGUGCUCUUUUCACCUAUUGAAUCU